CCGAGAGGGAGGGAGGGAGCGGGAUUGGUGACAGGAACGCCAGAGAGGCUCAGCAAUCGGCGGGAGUGUGGCAGCGGCUUUAUAAACACGGAGGGGGGCUGACAACGGCUCCAAAUUUAACUAGGAAAGAGUAGGCCGGGAUGAGCGAGCGGACUGGCGCUGGAGCGGCGGCUGGGGAGAUGUAUGGGCGACGGAAGAGCAGUGUGGCCGAGGAGCUGCCGCCGCCGAUGAUCAGCGUGGACGUGGCCAGCAUCCUUGUGCAGUUUGCCAAGACUUUUGUGAUUAUCUUCCCGGUUUACGUGCUGGGCUACCUGGGGCUGAGCUUCAGCUGGGUCCUGAUCGGGCUGGUCGUCUUCUUCUGGUGGCGGAGGAACCGUGGCAAGAAGCGCUCCCGCCUGUACAGGGCGCUGGCAUUCCUGGAACAUGAAGAGAAGCCCUUCAAGAGUGAUAUCUCCAGCUUCGACCUGCCGGCGUGGGUUCACUUCCCAGAUGUGGAGAGGGUGGAAUGGUUAAACAAGACGGUGAAACAUCUAUGGCCAUACAUCAGUCAGUUUGUGGAGAAAUUGUUUAAAGAAACAAUUGAACCAGCUGUGAGGGGAGCAAACAGCCAUCUCAGUACGUUUACCUUCACAAAGAUUGAUAUGGGAAGCAAGCCUCUACGAAUUGAUGGGAUUAAGGUGUACAUAGAAAAUGUGGACAAUAGACAAGUUAUAUUAGACCUUCAAAUCAGCUAUGUUGGAAACUGCGAUAUAGACAUUGAGAUCAAAAGGUACUUUUGCAGAGCUGGUGUAAAAGGCAUCCAGAUGAACGGCACACUUAGAGUAAUUCUGGAGCCCCUUAUCGGUGACAUGCCAUUGGUUGGGGCGCUAACACUCUUCUUUCUCCGCAGACCUUUACUUGCCAUUAACUGGACAGGACUAACAAAUCUUCUGGAUGUCCCUGGCUUGAAUGGAUUGUCAGAUACAAUUAUCCUUGAUAUAAUUUCCAACUAUCUGGUGCUGCCGAAUCGUAUCACUGUGCCACUUGUGAGUGAGGUGCAAUUGGCUCAGCUGCGGUUUCCUGUACCAAAAGGGUUUCUAAGAAUAUACUUCACUGAAGCUCAAGAUCUGAUAUGGAAGGACACGUAUCUGAAAGGACUUGCAAAAGGAAAAUCUGACCCUUAUGGCAUUGUUCGUAUUGGUAACCAGAUGUUCCAAAGCAAAACUAUCAAGGAAAAUCUAAAUCCAAAAUGGAAUGAGGUUUAUGAGGCAUUGAUCUAUGAAAAUCCUGGCCAAUUACUUGAGAUUGAACUCUUUGAUGAAGACCCAGACAAAGAUGAUUUCCUUGGCAGCCUUAUGAUUGACCUUGUUGAAGUUCAGAAGGAACAGCUAAUUGAUCAGUGGUUUGAUUUGGAUGAGGUGAGCAGAGGAAAACUGCACUUGAAAUUGGAGUGGCUAUCUCUGCUGUCAGCAGCUGACCUUCUGCCUCAGGCAAUGGCUAGCACCAGAGCUAUCAAAGGAACUGCCAAUGAUGGGCUUUCCUCUGCCUUACUCAUCGUCUAUCUCGACUGUGCCAAGAAUCUGCCAAAUGUCUUCGAAGGAAACUUUGGGUCUGGAUACUUGCGAGAGAGGAGAGCAGCAGGACUAGUAUUUUGUGAAAAUACCUGCUCAAUCUUUAGAGACUUUUUUCGAAACCCUUUUGAAUUUAACCCUGAACGCAUGAAGAAGGCCAAUAUUUCCAAAUCUGUGAAGUUUGGGAAGAAAAUGAACAGUGAGCCGAACCCAUUUGUCCAACUGUCAGUGGGACAUAACACAUAUGAAAGUAAGAUCCGAUAUCAGACCACCGAACCUGUCUGGGAGGAAGCAUUUACUUUCCGUAUUCACAACCCACAAAUUGUGGACCUGGACAUUGAGGUUAAAGAUGACCAUCACCAGUGCUCACUCGGUUCAUUUAAUCUGCCUCUGGAGAAGCUGCUGGAAGCUGAAGAUCUAACUAUGAACCAGCGGUUCCAAUUGAACAAUUCUGGUCCCAGCAGCACUCUCAAGAUGAAGAUAAUGCUUCGAAUACUUGCCAUUGAAAAGAAAGACAAAGCUACAGAUAAUUCCUCAGCUCAAUUAAAGAAGCAACCGUCGCAAAGCAAGGAUAGCAGGAGGUCGACGCCAAAAAUGCAGCCAGUCACCCCCACAGAAUCGAACAAACCAGCCCUUUCUGUUCCUGCUACGGCCAGUGUCAAAAAAGAUGAGAAGAUGGACAAGGUGGAGAUCAGCAGUACUUCUUCCCAGAGUCCCCAGAGGUCCACGAGUCUUCAACAAACUUCAAUUACUCAUGUCACCUCUAGUCCAACAGACUCUCCUUCACACCUUGCGGUCAAAGAAUCAACCCCAAGUAUCGCAUCUGACAUAUCGCUACCCUUUGCUACACAGGAGUUACACCAGAGGCUACGUCAACUGCAGAAUGGAACAACUCUUGGCCAGUCACCACUGGGUCAGAUUCAACUGACACUUCGGCACAGUUCUCAAAGAAACAAGCUGAUUGUGGUUGUGCAUGCUUGCCGUAACUUAAUAGCAUUUUCUGAAGAUGGCUCAGAUCCAUAUGUUCGAUUAUAUUUGCUGCCUGACAAAAGAAGAUCAGGAAGGAGAAAAACAUCUGUGGUGAAACGGCAGUUAAAUCCAGUCUACGAUGAAACAUUCGAGUUCAUUGUCUCACAAGCAGAGGUACAGAAAAGGACUCUGGAUGUAGCUGUAAAGAAUAGUGGUGGCUUUUUAUCAAGGGACAAAGGAUUGCUGGGAAAGCUCUUAAUAGAAAUGACUGAGGAAGUGACAAAAGGCUCCACACAGUGGUAUGACCUGACAGAGGAUGGGACAAGGCACCAGCCCCAGAACUAGAGGAAGUACUAACCCAGUAUCAAUAUCAUUGGUCUCCAAGGCUUUCAGCUGUUUAAGAAAAUUAUUCUGGGAGCACCGGCAUCACAUCUAAAGCUUUGCACACGUGCCAAUGAAUGCACCACAGAUUUUUCAGAAAAUGUCAUCUUCCCCACAUAUAUUUACUGAGUUUUGCACUGCUUAUUGCUUUUUAAAAACACUUACUUUUAUUAGUUAAGAUUUUUAAUUUUUUUAAAAUUAAAACAAUUAUUGAUAGUACAGUGAAUAACCUGUGGUGUACAUGCUGACUGUCCCCUUUGUCAAAAAAAUCUUUCCUGUACAAGACUGUAAAAUACUGCAAGGUAGAAUGUUGAUCCAGAAUUACAUCAGCCUUAUUUCCUGUAGGUUUGCAAUGUAUAAUGUGUAAAUACAGCAAAUAUGAUUUAUGUAUUGAGUAUGCAAAGUCAGAUGUUUGUGAAGGUUAUGGAAAGAAGGAUAUUACAUUUAUUAAAGUGGCAGGCAUGCCUCACUGAGCAAUUGCCUUGUGCUCUUUCUGGUAGCUCUGUAGUAUAUAGUUCUACAUUCAAGUGUGUUCUGUGAAAUGAAAUAUAUAGGGCUUACUGACUUGUCAGGUCUAACACAUUACACAGUGCACUUUGCAGUGAGAAAGGAAUACAAGCCAUGGAGCAGGAAACCGAAACUUUUCAGUUGGCACUCUUCAGAAAUCACUGCAGGGAUUCAAAACCAACUAUUUAUUUUAGUUUCGACAUUCUACUGUAGAGCUGUGAGCACUAAUUAAUGAAGACGUCAAUUACGGGUAGGUGUAGGUGACUUGAGCCUCAAGCCUUCUCUGAUAAUUCAUUACAUGAUGAUAGUUGAUCCAAUUGUUAUUUCAGCUCUGCACUCCCAUCUAAUGCUGGAGACCUUUUACCCCCUCUUGCUUAUCAAAAACCUAUCUACCUCUGCCUUAAAACUAUUCAAAGUCUCACUUGCCACUGCCCCUUUAGGAAGAGAGUUCCAGAGAAUCUCAAUCCUCCAGAGAAAACAUUUUGCCUUGCCUAAGUUAAGUGGGUGACCCAUUAUUCUUAAACUGUGACCACUAAUUCUAAAUUCUCCCACAAGAGAAUUUGUCCUCUCCACAUCCACCCUGUUAAAACACUUUGGGCUACUGCCAUUAAAUUGCCUCUCACUAUUAAACACAGUUGUAUACAAGCCUGGUAUGUACUCAACAUGACCCAUCCAUUCCAGUUACUACUCUACUGCACCUACCUUAAAUAUGGUGACUAGUGCUGUGCAAGGUGUUGUAGCUGUGGCCCUUUUUAACUGAAUCAUAACCAUUGCACUUUUAUAUUCAAUCCUUGCAUGAAAUGCUAACCUUCUUUUAGAUUUCUCAAUUACAUGCCCGAAGUUCACAUUACCCUUUUGCAAAUCAUGCACAGAACACCCAGAUCCCACUGCAUCUCAAAGUUCUGUAAUCUCUCAUCUUUUAGGUAAUAUGCAUUUUUAUUCUAACUGCCAAAAUUAACAAUUUCACAUUAUACUCCAUUUGCCCACUUAUGUAACAUACCUAUACAUUUCCUCUUCGUCUCCUAUGCCCUGGAAGUUCUUUACUCAGACAUUAUCCCUCAAACCCUGGAGUUAUAAUUAUGCUCUUCCCAUAAACUUUCACCAUGCACUGACUGGAUACUGUUUCCAGAUUGUUCUUUGUUGGGGAUGUGUUGAUUGUGUCCUCAGUUUCCUUUCUUUUUAGGCAUGAAUGAAGUCAGAAUCCAUUUUUAUAGUAAAUCAGAAGAAAUAUUCAGACACAGUAUUUAUGUACCAUUCUGGCACUGGAAUCCCUUACUACAGGUAUUGUGUAUGGGUGCAUAUGUGCAUAUUAAAUGUCUUUUGAGAUGUUGCUAUUCUUUUAAUUUCAGAAAGGCAGGUUUUAUUAGAUAAGAAUGGAAACUUUUAGAAAUACUCUGUCACGUAGUAUCUUUGGAAAGAGAAACCAACUUAAUGUUUCAGGUUAAUGAUCUUCAUCAGAGCAACUGUGCAUGAAGAUUUCAUUCAGCUCCAGUAAUACAGAUGGUGGGAUAUAAUGUUCACAACUCCAUUAUUCAGUGGUUUAUUGCUGUUUGAUUUUCAGUAAUAAACCCUGUCUAAUUUUUGUUCUUAAGAGUAUUAUGGGUUUGAGCUUUACAAAUAAGAUAUUGAGAUACUAUUGUCACAUCCAACCCCCCAAAACUCUAAAUUUUGGUUUUCCUUAAGCAGAACUAUAAUCUUGUGUUUAUUAAUAUUACUUACUGUUGUCCUGUUUAUUUUAAAUAAUCAUAGAGCUGAGUAUAUUCUCUACUUGAUUCUAUGUUGGUUGAAAUAAAUUGUUCAAGCCAAACAUAGCAAAGCUCAAUAGGAAUUGUAACACAGGAGCUGCAGAAAAUUAUGAAACUUGAAUCUAAAAUCAAAUACUCUGUAUACAGUAGGCAAAUUAUAAAAACUGUUAAUCAUUUGUUUGCAUUUUAAAAUAUGUAGUUAUUAUCUUUUUGCAGCUUGAAGCAAUACUUAUUUCUGAAUAGAUAAAAAGCUUUUUCCCUUUUUAUGAUAACUGACUUCAGUUUAUUAAUUUAAAUUUAUUUAAUUGAUUUUAAAAUAUUGCAAAGAAUGACUGAAUUUGUACAGUAGUUUGUGAUGCCAACAUAAUGGUUGUAUUUUGUCAUUUCUAAAGAGAGCUGAUUUGCUGACAUUCGUAGUGCAAGUAAUUCUUCAGGUAUAUUAGCAUUUCAAUUUGAUGUCCAUCUUGCCUUGAUUCUUCCUUUCAAAACGUCUAUUCAGAAAUAAACUCCACAAACUAAAUUCCAAACAAAUUAGAAUCUAUAGCUGCAGUUAUCCUUACUUAAGUGGUUGUACCAUAUGUUGCACAAUGCGAUUUCUCUCUUGCGAUUUCCCUGAGACGUGUACUCUGUAACUUUUGUACCGAACAUUGUUCAGAGAAUACUAUAGCUGAGUCAGCCACGUUUCUUUGUUCAAGUUACCAUUGUCUGCUCCAUGCAGGUAUUACUGUGCCUUACAUAUUGAUGUAUAAAAAUAUUAUGGACACUGAUUUGUAUCUGAGGAUGGUCAUACUUGGUAGAUCGUUUUUGUUUUUAAGCUGUUGUAUUUAUGACUUUUUUUGCUGAACUGUUACUGUUAUAGAAUAAAGUAUCUUCUCUUUUGGUUAAAAGAAUUAAAAUGCAUUCAGAGGAAUCAUCACACAGUUCCCUAAUGACAAAUGCAGUUUUUUUCCUCUAUCUACUGUAUUUGCAUAGCCUGUAACAAUUAUUUAUUGGAUUGACAAAUUAAAGGCUGUUAAUUUGCCCUGUGAGGACUUCUUGGCACAAAGAGGAUUUGUCACCAGUGCGAAGUAUUUCUCCAUCUAAAAUAGAAAAAUGUUAGCCUGGGGCAUGCAAUGGAAUUAUUUGUGAUAUCUGUGCACUGGCUUGCUUGAGAAUAUGUAUUGUUCUGUGAAAAUGCUUUGCGUUGCUAAUGGGGGAAAAAUUAAGAGCAUCAACAGAAAGGUAUUGACACUAAGGGAGAAAUAAAGCCAAAGUCUAUCAUUGUAUCAUUGUUUGGGAAAUUUUUAAGUUUUUAGCCCGAAUAUUUUUGCACUUUUUGUUCAACAUAUUACAGUAUGCAGUGCUUCAUAUCAUGUCUUCUAUAUCAAUUGUAUCAACAGGCGGCCAUGUACAAUCAAUAAAAGAUUAAGAAGAUAGAUAAACUUGCUUAUUUAUU